AUGUUACACAGUAUUGUCUGUAAUGUGUUCAAUCAUCGCCUUCAACGUCGUCGUCAUUUCUUCUCGAAAAGUACAUGCGAUCUACUGGCUUUUUUGACACAUAUCUCUUCCAUAUACGACCUCUCUUAUCUUAACGGGAUUUUACUGCUCUGUAUGUUUUAUGGUUCUCAUCAAGGUCCACUCUUCAUCAUGGCUCUUUCAAAGAUACGCGUGAACGGGCCAUCGUUUGACGUCAUUGCUAUGAAGCUUACAACACUUCAUUGUCCUAGCGAUCAGCAUCCUCAUGAAGGGGCACAAUUAACAAAAAAAAAAUUCAAGUCGGCGCGAGAACAUCAGAAGCUUCUGGCUCAUCCACAAGUCAGCGCCACCGUCUCUAGUUCAUCCGAAUAG